AUCUAAUUUAACUAAGGUUAUGUGGUUUUGGUUUUAAAAAGUAUUUCUUUGCUUCUAGUUUGUCCAAUUGUCCUAUUUCAUUUUAACUUUACAUUUAAUAAAAUACCUAUAUAGUUGUGAACUGUUUAUUGAACUCAUAAUCUUUUGUGGUAGGCAUCUAUCGUUAGUGAUUAAAUUUGUGGAUUUGUUGCAAAUAUCUAGGUAACAAAUUUGUAUGACGCUCCAUAGUAAAUUUUGAACAAGCAAUUAUUGGUGUCUAAACCAUGCAAACCGAAGAGAAACGCCCGAAACAAGCAGUUGAUUUGGCUUCUUUAGAGCCCAAUACAAGAGUUAAGCAGUUGGCGAACUAUGGUGCAAUGGUUGACGUAGACCCGAAUGUUCCACCGAGGAGGUAUUACCGAUCAGGCUUAGAAAUGGUCAGAAUGGCAAAUGUUUAUUUAACGGAAGGUAGUCUUGAAAAUGCGUACAUUCUGUAUAUAAAAUUCAUGACAUUAUUUCUGGAGAAGAUACGCAAGCACCCUGAAUAUGCAGCGGUGCCACCCUCCGUGAAGGCUGUAAAUCAGGCCAAACUAAAAGAAGUCAUGCCGAAAGCUGAAAAACUGAAACAAAAGCUGCUUGAUCAAUAUGCUAAAGAACAUGUUCUCUAUCAGGAAGAGGAAAAGAAGCGUGCAGCGGCAGAAGAAGAACGGAAAAAACAAGAACGAGAAGAUGCAAAACUGGCUGAACGCCUUCAAGCUGAUGAGAACAAAAAGGAUGCACACACAACUACACCACACCUGAUGCAUGCUGAACAAUGGGCGGUGUCGCCAUCGGUGCCCACGAUGGAUGGCGUGCGCUACCCAGAUGACUUUGCCAACGAGCCGCCGAGAGCGCCGUCGCAUCAUUACCAGCCCGUGCCGCCGCUCAUCCCACCCUCACGACCACAAGCUGGCAGUGCGAGCGUGGAGACGUUGUUCGGCGCGGCGCGGCUGCGCACGGUGCUGGUGCCGGCCGCGCUGCUGGCUCGCUUCCUGCGCCUCGCCGCCUCCAACACCGCGCGCAACGUCGAGACCUGCGGCAUCCUCGCCGGCAUACUGGAGCGCGACCAGCUGAAGAUAACACACGUGAUAGUGCCCAAGCAGACGGGCACGCCAGACUCGUGCAGCACCAACAAUGAGGAGGAGAUCUUCCACUACCAAGACCAACAGAAUCUCAUCACUUUAGGGUGGAUCCAUACUCACCCGACACAGACGGCGUUCCUGUCGUCAGUGGACCUCCACACGCAGUGCUCCUACCAGCUCAUGAUGCCAGAGGCCAUCGCUAUCGUAUGCGCUCCUAAAUACAACGAGACUGGUUAUUUCGCAUUGACACCGGACUAUGGGAUGCAGUUCAUCACCAACUGUAGGCUGACCGGUUUUCAUCCACACCCUGACGAUCCACCUCUGUUCCAUACGGUAACACAUAUAAAGGUGGACGACUCCGCGCCCGUCGAGAUCGUUGACCUCAGGAGAUGAAGUCAAUCAUUCAAUUAACACAUACACUCUUCCAUCAAAGCUUGCGUUCACUCAUAGAAUUUUGACCAGCCUUAAUAACCUACAUAUUGAAAGAUUAUUUUGAGAAAAAAUAUGAUCACGAAACUAUUCAAGGAUACUCGACUAAUUUCAAGCGAUACUCGGGGCUCAUAACACAAAAUUUUGUGAUUUUCUCACUAGUAACCAAAUCUACUGACAUAGAUUAUGAAGACUGGUCGUUAGUUAGCUUUAUUAUAUCUGAAACUAAUGCUGUUCCAUACCAAGUAUUAUUGGAAUAAUUAUAGUGAUUUUCGUAUAGAGUUGUAUUAGACACGGAGUAUGUAAUAACUGGAGGGUUCAUUACUGUAUGAUGUGACAUGUUAAUAAGGUUGCCUUCUUUAUUGGUAAAAUGUAAUAUUUGGCGAUUUGACAUAAUUUUGUCAGUUACACAGUCUAUUCAGUGUAUACCCGCGCCCCGCUUACAUAGAAACUUUUUCAGAUUAGUUACUUUUAAAAAAAGGAACAUUAUCUAAUCUGAUUAAAAGUGAAUCACUCUAUUAAAGUGAAAUAAAAAGAUGUGUUUGAAGGCUAACUUGCUGCGGAUAUUUAAGCCUUUUUGUAUAACAAGAAUGACAGGUAUGUGUGUUAUAAUAUAAAGAAACUAGACUUGAUAGCAAAGAAACGGAGCCUCUAGCGGCUUUUCUUUUUAAUUUCUUGAUAAAUAUUUUAUGAUACAUAUAUUUUAUUAAUUUGUAACGUACCUUUAAAAUG